AUGACUUAAUUUUUUUUUCUCUAUUUUUUUCAACAUUCAGUUGGUCUAAUUAUAAUAUUUAUAAUAAUUAGAUAAUAUAGCUCCUAAUGUAUUCAUUCUUUGCAAAGUCUCAGGAAAAUCUAUUACCUAAUAUGGCUCGCAAAUUUAUUUUAAAUCCAAGCAAUGUUGAUAAUGCUAUAACUAAACCUUUAGCUUUCCCUAAAUCAAAAACUGUAAAAUAUCCACAACCAAAAAAAAUAUUACUAGCAUCAACUAUGGCUAAAAAAGUUAUCCCUGGUGAAUAUAAAUCUUGCAAUCCUUUUUUUGCAUCUGCCCAGAUUAGAUUAGCUCACACAGAUAUAAAUUUCCCUAAUUUUGAUGAUUAUAGAAGGGUUGAUACUUUAGAUCCUGAAUCUAGUGCAAAAGAUACACAUGAUUCGCGUAAAUUAUUUUCAUAUCUCUUUACUGCAGGUGCUGGUAUGGCAGGAGCUUAUUCUGCUAAAAAUGUUGCUACUAAACUUAUUUAUACAAUGAGCCCUUCUGCUGAUGUCUUAGCCCAAGCACAAAUAGAAGUUGAUUUAUCAACUAUCCCAGAAGGUAAAACCGUGAUUCUUAAAUGGAGAGGUAAACCGCUGUUCAUAAAGCAUAGAAGUGUUGCCGAUAUAACCAAAGAGGAAUCGACAGAUUUUAGCAGUUUAAGAGAUCCCGAACCUGACUCUGCCAGAGUGCAAAAACCGGAAUGGCUUAUUUUGAUAGGCAUUUGUACUCAUUUAGGUUGCAUCCCUAUAGCUAAUGCUGGUGAUUACCCUGGUGGAUUCUAUUGUCCUUGUCAUGGCUCGCACUAUGAUGGGUCCGGUCGCAUAAGAAAAGGACCCGCUCCUCUCAACUUGGAAGUGCCUCCUUAUGCUUUCACCACUGACACUUCAAUUGUUGUUGGUUGAUAAGGGAAAGGGAAAUAAUUAAAUAAAAAUUUGUUAUUGUACUACAGACUUGUAAAACAAAAUUUAACCAUAAAUUUUAUCCCUUUCCUUCCCUUGUUUCAUUUAUUUUUUAUAUUUAACAAUUCGCAUCAAAGUUAGAUUAACGGCUUAGUAAAUAAUUCGUGAAUUUAAAGCAAAAAUAUGUUAUUUUUUUAAAAAUAUCCCUUACUAAGAACCAUGGCUAUCCAUACAUUUCUUGAAAUUUAAUUUGUGUUAACCAGUGAUUUUUGUCUUUAUGAGGAUUAGGUCAUUGGAUUGAAUAUUCUAAACUUGUUUUAAUUUCAAAACUAUUUUGGUAAGAUCCAUCUCAAUCGCUAAAUGAUACUCUAGUUUUUGUUUCUAUUUUUUAAAAAUUUUUUUAGCAUCUUUUUCUCAUACAGCAUUGAUCGGAUUCACCAAUGCGCUUGAGGUCCGAUUUGGCGGCACUAAAGAUUUUUUAGUUAAUUAUAAAUAUCAUCUGGUUUUAAAUGAUUUAUAUUAAUAUUAUUUAUUUAUUUAAUAUUUGAUUUAUUUUUUGCAAAACUGUUUUUAUUAUAUUAUGGCAUGUGUGUGAAAUUUAGAUAAUUAAUAAAAUCUAAUUAUUA